CUCCCAACACAUUGCUGACAGUAGCAUUUUCUCGAUAGACGUUUUUAUGGACGCUGAAAGCUGUGUAUAAACGUCGCUACGGUGAGAAGACUCGCACAUGUCGGACAGUGCUGAUGCCGCACGACAGAUUUAUGUUCUAGUUGAUACUUCUUGUCGUUAUGGAGCCCAAACCGCCGACCCUGUGUCGCACACCUCGCCACCGUACCUUACCAACACACAGGCGUGUGUACCAGUAACCCCCGCCAACAAGUGUCCUGAACCAGGUCUGUCGUGUUUAGGGUUUUAUACUUCUCCAACGAUGCACAACUUUACACUGUUUUUGUAAGACGCUGGUUACAUGGUAGCGAAAUGCAAACCCCGGGCACUCUGGCAGCCCCGGCUUCCGUGUCUGUUACUGCCAGUGGUGUGAAGCGAGAGAAAAUAUAUACCGACUCGGGCUGCUGAGAAUCUGGACUAUACAUUACCCACAUCCCUUCCUUUCAGCGGGUUUUCCCCAGACCCUGAGGACUGGGGUGUUGGCAAAAUCCUCAAAAAUCUGUUUCCAAACAUGAAAAGGCCAGCGCUGACGACUUAAAAGGGCACCUGCUCAGUUUCACCUGAUCCGCCGAUACCUGUUACAAAUCCUGUUCUCCAGACCGCUCCGGUGCUGGGUGGCUACAAUAUGGGUUUUGUCCGCAGAGCCGGACACUGGAUACAUGUAAUGUAUAAGGGUUAACAAAUGCGCCGUGUUUCCCCCCGCAUCUCGCAUUCCGUCCGUCACUUCACGAGACCAAAUAGUGUCACUAUACAGUAAACCCGCCGAUUAAUUCACCACGACUAACCGACGCACUAUUUAAAAUGGAGUAUCUCUGUUGAUCGUAAUGGGUGGCCGGGCUUCCUUAGCCGAACUUCCAAAUAAACAAGGAGGGCUUCUCGCUGGGUGGGCGGCAUAAUCGUUGUUUGGGUGCCCCGCAAAUAAACUGUCGUGUGUAUGACUGCUCUGAUUGGGUGCUCUGACGUCGGAGUGAUGAAACCCUCGGUGACCCGGGCCACUCCGAGGGGUUGUGGGUGGCCGACUCUCAAAGCCUGAUGGUCCUGCGGCAUUUAUUUUGCUCUCGAAAAGUCAACUCAUCCCUAGGUACAAAAACAACAAUCGACAAUUUUUAAAACAAAGUACGACUAGUGGGUAACAAGACAAACAAGCCCCGCCAGUCGCCCCGGGGUGUAUUUGAGGGAAGGACGUGUCCCGUGAGGCACACUCACUGUCCUGUCUCGCCGGAGGAAGGUUGUCCCGGAGCUGCGGUGUCGUCCUGCCGUGAUCUACUGUCAGCUGCGCCGCCUUCACUCACCGCCCUCUCCUGAACUUGUCACCGCCAUGGCCGCCCUUGGGAGCCUCUACACACGUUACGGUGACCCUUACGGCUACAGAACCGGCCCGACCUACUUCUUCACCUCGGCGUCGGCAGCCGACUCGUCCCCCUACCCCAUGGGGGCGUCCCCCUACCCGCACGGGCUGUACGGGGACGUGGAGAGACCAGAGAGGCACCAGAAGCCGCCGUACUCCUACAUCGCGCUGAUCGCCAUGGCCAUCCGCUCCAGCCCGGACCAGAAGAUCACCCUGAACGGCAUCUACCAGUGGAUCAUGGACCGGUUCCCGUACUACCACGACAACAAGCAGGGAUGGCAGAACUCCAUCCGACACAACCUGUCUCUGAACGACUGCUUCGUCAAGGUGCCUCGGGAGAAGGGCAAGCCGGGCAAGGGCAAUUAUUGGACUCUGAACCAGGACUGUGAAGAGAUGUUUGAAAACGGAAACUACAGGAGAAGGAAGAGGAAACCAAAGACGCCCUACAAACCGGCUGAGGGUCCUGACAGCAAAGACGACGCCUCAGACCUCUCAGCCAAACGGCCCGCAGACGACCCCGCGACAAACGUCGAGGCUUCAGAAGACGGGGAGGACCAGUCCGAUGUUCUAGCACGAAACGCGGACUCCACACAUACAAACGAUAACGAUUCUUCAACAGAAGCCGACGAUGGUCGCGUUUCGGCCUCCCCACCCCUGUCUGGUGUGUCGGAAACCUACGGAAAGUCUUCCACGGCUCGGAAAACGCCUGUAGAACUGAGAGCCACCGCUACAACAUCGUCCCGACAGACCAGCCCAGCGCCGUCCGAACCUGGACUCUUCAGUAUAGAGAGACUGCUAGCUCCCGACAAUAGGACCAAACCGACACCACCGGUCAGCAGAUAUCAUUUGUCCGGAGAACGAGUCAACAUCAGCCCGAGAACGUCGCCAGCCAGCCUCGGCACCACAGGGUCAGCUGUAAACAUCCUCCGGAGUAACAUAGUCCUGCACGCCGCCGCCAGGACACCGACUCAUCUGAUGAACUCUCCUCGGCAGAUCCCAGCCAUUCCUCCGCCGGCUUUAGCUCCCAUCCCCGGUAUGACCCCGUCCCAUUCCACCGCAGCUUUGUACCCCACAUUCCCGCCCCUCCGCUAUCCCCACCUCCCCUCCCACCCGUACCCAGCCCUCCCCCUCCCAAGCUUCCCCGUCCCCCUGUCGUCUUGGACAUUCACAGAAGCAGACGUCAAGGCCAAGAAGACUGUUCUAGUCGGUUACUAAAUCUUGCAAUUCCGUUUUGUACUGUAUAUAUAUUAUAACGUUAUUCCAUAUCGUACCUAUUGUUUUAAAUUUUGAUACAGGGCAACGUCGUCCUAUUUUUGUCAGAAAGGACUAUGUUUAGACAGCAAUAUUUAUAGAACAAAGUGGUUAUUUCAACGCGAAUUAGUCCACUAGACUGUUUCAUAGGUGCGGUUGUUGGAAGGCGGUCCGAUUAUUAUGUUCUCCACCUAAGGUAUGGAGAGCAGUUGCUUUAGGAUGUAAUCCUUGCGUUAGAACAACCCCAGGAGUUUAGAAAGUGUGGCAAGUCUCUUUUGCCAUAAUAUUUUCAGUACUUUCGUCUAUGUGUGGGGUCAGAACAGGGCAGUCCAAACCUGAUUGACGUGUAGAAAAUUUGCUGAGAAAUCUUCCAGAAUUUUUCAGCAAUGAUUCAUGGGUUAGAGCUCUCCAACAACCGCACGUUUGAGACUGGAGAAGCUAGAUAUUUUACAGUACCUGAGAUAAAAACUACGGGUGUAAAGUGGACAUGUAAAUUGUUGUGGUGAGAGGAGGUUAUAUAUGAGGGGUUGUGGUGAAGGUCAGGGGCCUCUGGUCUAUGUCAGCCCCGGUGUAUUUAUUGUCACUUGUCAGCCGCCGCAAAACGGAUAGCUAAAGUAAAAACCAAGUGUUGAAAUGUUCAAAUUAGUGUCGUAAGUUCUCGCGGUGACGGUACAGCCCAAUUUAUGGCAACACCUUUUUGUAUAUAUUGUACAGCACUGACAGAGUAUAUAUAGAAAUAUAUAUGCUUAUCUCGUACAUCUAGAAAUGAGGAGGGCCAUAUUGUGUUUCUCGCUGCAGGGCGGAUCUAACCUAUGUUUUUAUCCAAACAAAUGGUGAGCCACUGUUUUUGUUCCACAGGGCUCUUAGCGUACUUAAGCCUUCAGCACAAUGCCUACAAUUUAUCUAAGCCGUAUACAUAUGCAUGGCACCCGCCGAACACUCCUGUUAACAACUGCUCACAGAGAAAAUAAAGUCGGAGAAAUGUUGAA